AUGCUCACAAGCCCGGAGAUCCAGGUUCAGCUGAAGAAGGAAUUCGCCGGGCUCAUUGCGCCCAAACGCAAGAAAAGGCAUCACAGCCUUCAACCAGUCGCUGCUCACCAGCCUUUUCGCCCGCAACCUCCAGCUCGACCUUGCCUCGUCGUCAACCAAGCCCCCGCCCGGCUUCGUCCUCUUCACCUGGAAGACAGUCAGCGUCCUGCUCCGCGCAAACGCGCUCCACUCCCACCCCAACACCAACCUCAACCCGCUGUCCGACAGGCUCGUCAUCGUCCUCGUCGACACCAGCUUUCGGCUCGAAGCGCGCCGUUGUCAGCCGCUACGAUUAUCUCGAAACCUACCUCGUCGUCGCCCACGCCGCCUGCAGCACCCACCAUCUACCAAGCCAGAGACGAGGCAUACGCCGAAUGCAACAAGCUCGACGACAUCCGCGCCCUCGACCGCGUCGCCCAAGCCCAUCACACGUGGCGGCCCAAGACGUGCUUCGGCGCAGGACCGUACACGCUCGCAGACGUCGCCCGUGACUUCAAGAAGCGCUCGUGGAGCAGCUCCUCGGGCCACGCGACCACCGACGAUAGCAAAGCUGCCAUGCUCACCUGCACCACCACCGCCACCUUGAGAAAGCCGCCAUCACGCAAGAGACAGUGCGUCCGCCGCGCGACGCCCCUCUAG